AAUCCACCUACACUAUCAGAAAUUUUUUUCAGUCGCCAAAAGAGAGAAAAAAAAGAAACAAAAGCGAAAAAGAAAAGAACUAGGACUGAUACAAAGCUAAAGAUUAAAAAAAAAAAAAAAAAAGAAAAAAAAAAAAGAAACGUUUUUGAGUUUCAGAAGCAGAAGAAUUAAACUCAGAAUCUGCAUUAUUAUUCACUAUUCUGUGACGUAUCAAUAGCAUGUCUCAGACCAACUGGGAAGCUGAUAAAAUGUUAGAUGUGUAUAUCCAUGAUUAUUUAGUUAAGAGGGAUUUAAAGGCUUCUGCUCAAGCAUUCCAAGCUGAAGGAAAAGUAUCCUCCGAUCCCGUGGCCAUUGAUGCUCCUGGAGGUUUUCUUUUUGAAUGGUGGUCAGUUUUCUGGGAUAUAUUUAUUGCUCGGACCAAUGAGAAACAUUCGGAGGUUGCUGCUUCUUACAUUGAGACACAGUUGAUUAAAGCAAGAGAACAACAACAGCAGCAGCAACAGCAGCAACCUCAACAACCACAGCACCACCCACAACAGCAGCACAUGCAGAUGCAGCAGCUCAUUUUGCAGAGACAUGCUCAGCAGCAACAACAGCAACAACAGCAGCAGCAGCAGCAGCAGCAGCAGCAGCAACAGCAGCAGCAUCAGCAGCAGCAGCAACAGCAGCCACAGCAGCAGCAGCAGCAGCAGCAGCAGCAGCAGCCACCACCAAUGCAGCAGCAGCGAAGAGAUGGGGCCCACCUCCUAAAUGGUGCUACAAAUGGGCUUGUUGGAAAUGAUCCUCUUAUGCGACAAAAUCCUGGAACUGCAAAUGCCUUGGCUACAAGGAUGUAUGAGGAAAGAUUAAAACUACCUCAGAGAGAUUCUUUGGAUGAUGCGCCUAUGAAGCAAAGAUUUGGGGAGAAUGUGGGCCAGCUUUUGGAUGCAAAUCAUGCCUCAAUAUUGAAGUCAGCUGCAGCCACGGGUCAGCCUUCAGGGCAAGUUUUGCAUGGUACUGCUGGCGGGAUGUCUCCACAAGUUCAAGCACGUAAUCAGCAACUGCCAGGGUCCACUCCGGACAUAAAGCCUGAGAUUAAUCCAGUGUUGAAUCCCCGAGCUGCAGGUCCUGAAGGAUCGUUAAUAGGCAUUCCUGGAUCAAAUCAAGGCUCAAACAAUUUGACUCUAAAAGGAUGGCCCUUAACAGGUCUAGAUCAGCUUCGCUCAGGGCUUCUUCAGCAACAAAAACCUUAUAUACAGGCUCCCCAACCCUUUCAUCAGCUUCAUAUGCUGACCCCUCAACACCAGCAACAACUUAUGCUUGCACAACAGAAUUUGUCAUCACCAUCUGCCAGCGAUGAUAGUAGAAGACUGAGAAUGCUUUUAAAUAACCGGAAUAUGGGUAUUGGAAAGGAUAGCCUUUCAAAUUCUGUUGGGGAUGUGGUUCCAAACGUUGGAUCCCCUAUCCAGGCUGGUGGCCCUCAUUUGCAUCGUGAUACAGAAACGCAGAUAAAGUUAAAAAUGGCUCAACUACAUCAGCAACAGCUGCAGCAACAAAACAGUAAUCCACAGCAGCAGCAGCAACAGCAGCAGCAGCAGCAUGCUCUUCCAACUCCGCCAUCACAAAGUUCAAAUCACAAUCCUCACCCACAAGAUAAAAUGGGGGGUGCUGGCAGUGUCACCAUAGAUGGAAGCAUGUCAAACUCCUUUCGGGGAAAUGAUCAGGGUUCAAAAAAUCAGACUGGUAGAAAGAGAAAGCAGCCAGUCUCAUCUUCAGGUCCUGCCAAUAGCUCAGGAACGGCAAACACGGCUGGACCUUCCCCAAGUUCAGCACCUUCAUCACCCUCAGCUCACACGCCAGAUGUGAUAUCAAUGCCUCCUUUGCCCCAUAGUGGUAGCACUUCCAAGCCUUUGAUGAUGUUUGGUGCUGAUGGCACUGCAACUCUUACAUCUCCUUCCAAUCAAUUGUGGGAUGAUAAAGAUCUUGAAUUGCAGGCUGAUAUGGAUCGAUUUGUAGAGGAUGGAUCACUUGAGGAUAAUGUUGAGUCUUUUUUAACUCAUGAUGAUGCAGACCCAAGAGAUGCUGUUGGUCGUUGUAUGGAUGUUAGCAAAGGAUUCACGUUCACAGAAGUAAAUGCUGUUAGAGCCAGCACAAGCAAAGUUAUUUGUUGUCACUUCUCAUCUGAUGGAAAAUUGCUAGCUAGUGGUGGGCAUGACAAGAAAGCUGUAUUGUGGCAUGCGGAUAGUUUAAAGCCAAAAACUACGCUUGAAGAACAUUCGUCUUUAAUAACCGACGUUCGGUUUAGUCCAAGCAUGCCGCGUCUUGCAACAUCUUCAUUUGACAAAACUGUCAGGGUUUGGGAUGCUGACAAUCCUGGUUAUUCACUUCGUACUUUUAUGGGACAUUCUGCCUCUGUUAUGUCAUUAGACUUCCACCCAAAUGAAUCUGACCUCAUAUGCUCUUGUGAUGGGGAUGGUGAGAUACGUUACUGGAGUAUUAAAAAUGGCAGCUGUCAAAGAGUUUUCAAGGGUGGAACGGCUCAAAUGAGAUUUCAACCCCGUCUUGGGAGAUACCUUGCAGCUGCUGCAGAGAAUGUUGUAUCCAUACUGGAUGUGGAGACACAAGCUUGUCGACAUUCAUUGCAGGGACAUACUAAGCCAAUCCAUUCUGUGUGCUGGGAUCCUUCUGGUGAAUUUCUUGCAUCCGUCAGUGAGGACUCUGUCAGAGUUUGGACACUUGGAUCGGGAAGUGAAGGGGAGUGUAUACAUGAACUGAGCUGUAAUGGCAACAAAUUUCACUCGUGUGUUUUCCAUCCUACGUAUACUUCAUUGCUGGUUAUUGGUUGUUACCAGUCUUUGGAGCUAUGGAACAUGAGUGAGAACAAGACAAUGACUCUAUCAGCUCAUGAAGGACUUAUUGCUGCUUUGGCUGUGUCAACUGUGACAGGUUUGGUUGCUUCGGCCAGCCAUGAUAAGUUUGUCAAGCUCUGGAAGUGAUAUACAAUUGCUACCAAAGUUGACUUUGCAAUACGUGAUUAAAUUAUAUUAGGGUUGAUCAACUGGUUGUAGCAUGUAUCUGCUUUGUUUGCUUGUUGGUUCAUCUCUGUUUGGCUUUUUUGAUCUCAGACUUUAGCUCCAUAGCCCAGAAUCUGACAUGUAAUAUUAUUGUUGUUGUUAUAGUAUUGUAAUACUACUAUCUGUUUUUUGUUUUUCGUUUUUGUUCCCUUUUUUUUUUAAAUGUGGAAAUGGACCGUCUGUAAUGCGUUGAACUUCAUAAAAAUUUAAAGUUUCAUCA